ACGGGUUGUGUCCGCCAUGUUGGUGAAGGCACACGGAGGCUCCUGGGGCUCCAGGCCCGUCGGCUCUGCUGGCGUCAGUCCGCCAUAUUAGUAAAGAGAAAGGGAAGGGCGACCCUCCCUCACGCCCCCCGCCCCAAGCACACUCCUUCCCGCUCCGCGGUCGCUACUACGGGCCGGAGGGCCUCGGCCGCCCCGGGCUGCCCGGCUUCUGACGGGGGAAAGCCGUCGGGGAGCGCCGGAUGAGGGCAAGCGGGAAAUGCCGACCAACUGCGCCGCGGCGGGCUGCGCCACCACCUACAACAAGCACAUUAACGUCAGCUUCCACAGGUUUCCCUUGGAUCCUAAAAGAAGAAAAGAAUGGAUUCGCCUGGUUAGGCGCAAGAAUUUUGUGCCAGGAAAACAUACUUUUCUUUGUUCAAAGCACUUUGAAGCCUCCUGUUUUGACCUAACAGGACAAACUCGACGACUUAAAAUGGAUGCUGUGCCAACCAUUUUUGAUUUUUGUACUCACAUAGAGUCUGUGAAACUCAAGUCAAGGAAUCUUUUGAAGAGAAACGACAGUUGUACUACAGCUGGACCAUCUAAUUUCAAGUCAAAUAUUAGUAGUCAACAAGUGCUCCUUGAACACAGUUAUGCCUUUAGGAACCCUAUGGAGGCAAAAAAGAGGAUAAUUAAGCUGGAAAAAGAAAUAGCAAGCUUAAGAAGAAAAAUGAAAACUUGCCUCCAAAAAGAACGCAGAGCAACUCAAAGAUGGAUCAAAGCCACAUGCUUUGUGAAGAAUUUAGAAGCAAAUAACCUGUUACCUAAGGGCACAUUGGAACACAUCUUACCAACUGCCUUAAGCAGUAUUCCUUUGGAGGAUUUCAAGAUUCUUUAACAAGAUUAACAACAUAAAACAAUAGGAUUUCUCUAAAUCUAAAACAGACCAUAAUACCUGCAUUUAAAUUUGUCUUGCACAGAACUUAAUGCCCAUCCUGCAUUCUUUUCAGGGGUUAACAUAUUUAUGGCAAUUACACCAAAAUUAAAUAUUUAAGAAGUUUUACUUGACACAGUAUUAUUACUGUAUAACUUAAGAAGACCUUGAUUACAAAAAAAAAGGAAACUUUCAAUGAAACUUUUAUUUGAAAAUGAAUGGAAGUGCCUUACAUGAAAAAUGUACUAGAAAUUUUGCUAGGAAAUUGUAUGUUUGCCAGGUGCUUGUUUUGGGGUUUAAAUUAAACAGCCUAUGACAUGUAGUAUGUUUAAUUAGAAAAAAAUUUCUAUACAAAAGUUGGGAUAUUACAUCAAAAUAAGAUGCCAAGUAGUUGUUAAUCAUACUAAAUGUGACCUUAAAACUGCUGGACUUUGAGUUAAUUAUUACUGGCACUGGCUUGAAAAUUUAUGGAACAAAACAAAAUGAGGUACAGAACAACUUUUUAAAUUUAGAAUUUCUGCAUUUUUUAGAUGAGUAAAAGUAAACUUACCAUAGGCUCUAUAAAAAUACUAAUUUUUAAAUACAUUGUGAAAUGUUUCGCUAAUAAUAUAUUUUUUCAGUGUUAAGGCUUUUAAGUUAUCCAAAGUAAAUAAGCCCUUAAGUACCUCAGACUAGUAAAAAAUUAUAAUCACCUUCUAAGAAACAUGUUGUGAAACAACGCCCAGUUUGAGAUCUAGCUUUUACCUUAAUAAAACAUAAGUGUGGGAAGUGGCGCUGUAGCUCAAGUGGUAGAGCGCUAGCCUUGAGCUGAA